AGCCUCGGGGGCUGCUGCGCUCGUGUUUGGUUUCCCUCUCACAGUCAAAGGAAGGAUUGAUUCCUUUGGGAAGAGACACAAAUCACUUCAAUUUGAUCGAGAGGGCUGAGGAUACAGCCUCCUCUUGAUUUAGCCACUUUUGACUUUCUUUCUUUUUUGUCCUGACAAAGAAAAUCAGAAAAAAAGAAGACCAGAGGAGAAAAGUUGUUAGGUCAUGGUGACAUUUGAUAUGAGAUCUGCUUGAUCGCACCAGCUGCUCGCAGGAAACAUUAUCAGCAGCACAGAAAAGACGUCUUGCUUUUUGUUUCCACUUUGCGUUUUGGUGACACAGGGAUCUGUCCUGGUUUCCAAACUCCUUCCCAUCUCUCUCUCUCUUUCUCUCAAGCGCGCGCUCUCUCUCUCUCACCCUCUCUCUUUUACGCACGGGAGGUGGGCACCUGAGAACACUACCAACGGGAAGAGAGUGCGAGAGAUCCCGGUUUCAUGUUUGGGAUUCAGGAGAGCAUCCAAAGGAGUGGGAGUAUUUUGAAAGAGGAGCCCAUCGGAGCCGGCAUGAACGCAGUGCGAACAUGGAUGCAGGGCGCCGGGGUGCUGGAUGCGAACACGGCCGCGCAGAGUGGAGUGGGACUGGCCCGGGCGCACUUCGAGAAACAGCCGCCCUCAAAUCUUCGCAAAUCCAACUUCUUCCACUUCGUUUUAGCCCUUUAUGACCGACAAGGACAGCCGGUGGAAAUCGAGAGAACCUCUUUUGUCGGAUUUGUGGAAAAAGAGAAGGAGACUACAGGAGAAAAGACAAACAAUGGCAUACAUUACAGACUGCAACUUCUCUACAGCAACGGCAUCAGAACAGAGCAGGAUUUUUAUGUAAGACUAAUUGACUCCAUGACUAAACAGGCCAUCAUAUAUGAAGGCCAGGACAAGAAUCCGGAGAUGUGCCGUGUGCUCCUGACUCAUGAAAUCAUGUGCAGUCGUUGUUGUGACAAAAAGAGUUGCGGGAACCGCAACGAGACACCCUCGGAUCCCGUCAUCAUCGACAGAUUUUUUCUCAAGUUUUUCCUGAAAUGCAAUCAGAACUGCCUGAAGAAUGCAGGAAAUCCACGGGACAUGCGACGCUUUCAGGUGGUUGUGUCGACGACAGUGAGCGUAGAAGGACAUGUUCUGGCUGUUUCGGACAAUAUGUUCGUGCACAAUAACUCCAAACAUGGCAGAAGAGCUCGGCGACUGGACCCAUCAGAGGGAACGCCGUCAUAUCUGGAGCACGCUGCACCUUGUAUCAAAGCCAUUAGUCCCAGUGAAGGCUGGACAACUGGAGGUGCUACUGUCAUCAUCAUCGGAGACAACUUCUUUGACGGGCUGCAGGUCAUCUUCGGGACCAUGUUAGUCUGGAGUGAGCUCAUCACGCCUCAUGCCAUCAGAGUUCAGACCCCUCCGCGUCACAUCCCCGGGGUGGUAGAGGUCACGCUCUCCUAUAAAUCCAAACAGUUUUGCAAAGGCACACCAGGAAGAUUCAUCUACACAGCUCUGAAUGAACCCACCAUAGACUACGGUUUUCAGCGGUUACAGAAGGUGAUACCUCGGCAUCCAGGAGACCCUGAACGCUUGCCAAAGGAAGUGAUUUUGAAGAGAGCAGCAGAUCUAGUGGAAGCACUUUAUGGAAUGCCUCAUAACAACCAGGAAAUCAUUCUUAAGCGAGCAGCAGACAUUGCUGAAGCCCUGUACAAUGUGCCACGAAACCACAACCAGCUCACCGGCCUCACCAACAGCUCUGUCCAUGCAAGCAUGAUGGGAGUGAACUCCUUCACUGGACAGCUCGCCGUUAACGUCUCAGAGUCGUCUCAGGGUGGAAACCAGGGUUUCAGUCGUAACACAAGUAGCGUAUCACCACACGGAUAUGUCCCCAGUUCCACCCCUCAGCAGAGCAGUUACAGUACGGUAUCCACCAGCAUGAACGGCUACGGCAACAGUGGCAUGACCAACCUGACCGGCUCCCCGAGCUUCCUGAAUGGCUCUGCCGCCAACUCACCCUACGCAAUCGUCCCCUCCAGCCCCACCAUGGCCUCCUCCACCAGCCUGCCCUCAAACUGCAGCAGCUCUUCUGGAAUCUUCUCCUUCUCUCCGGCAAACAUGGUUUCAGCUGUGAAACAGAAGAGCGCGUUCGCGCCUGUCGUUCGGCCCCAGUCCUCACCUCCACCUACAUGCACUGGCACCAAUGGGAACGGUCUCCAAGAUCAGUCUUUUGUCGACUCUAACAAGUACUCCACAGCCAGCGUGCUCCAGGGCCUGGCCUUCUCCUGAAUUAUCCCUGGAAUGAUUGUUCCUCCAAUGUAGGGUGUGUGCGUGUGUGUGUGUGUGUGUGUGUGCAGACGGAAAGAUAAAACAUGCUCUUUCAUGCCACUGGUCUCACUGAGCGUGUGCAGAAUACUCCGGCGCUGGACUGACCUCCUGGUCGUGUUCUGAAGGAUGAAAAACUACAAACUCAGGCCCUUUUUAAACACAAUCUGCUUUGAAACAAAAAGAUAUAGGGGAAGAACGAUACGAGAAAAAUAUAGAACUGAACUGUUGUACCUCCCUGUUUUGAUGUUGAAAUUUGUACUCACCUUCUAGACACUUUUUAAGAUUAGGGGCGACCCGCCCCGUCUACACUAUAACACGAGAGGUCUAUUUAUUUUAAAAAACGUAGUUAUUGAUUUGCCAUCAUAUUUGUGUGUUUCUGUGUGUACCACCCUUUUAUGAAAUGAUACCUGACACAAUAUUGCAGUGGUUUCUAUUUAUGAUUUUAGAUGAAGGAUUGCAGGUGAUUUUUGCGUAGGAAUGUCCCACUGAAUUUGUGAAAAUGCAUUUGAAAUUCAAUCAGUCUACAAAAUGCCAGCAAUGUAAACUCUUAUUAAAACUGCGGCUGUAAAAAAAUAAUUCAUGCUUUUUUUUUUACCAGGGUUAAAAACCAAUUCAGAGCUGAGAGACUCAGUUCCUUUGCAUUGUCACUGCCUUGAUUUUCACAUUCAUAUUCCAUUUGUUGAUAUUAUGCUGCCUUCAAGUCCUUUUGGGAAGUUUUGAUUCGGAAAAACUUUUAAAGAGACUUUGGAUGGGAAAAAUGGGUAUGUUUGGCCCUUUUUAACCUUAAUGUUAAGCUUUUUAGCACCACAGCAACAAACUUAAAGGGAUAGUUUCCUCAAAAAUGAAAAUUCUGUCAUCAUUUACUCACUCUCAAGUUAUUCCAAACCUGUUUGGCUACCCACAUUCUUUAAAAUAUCCUUUGUGUUCAAUUCAUACAUGUUUGGAACAACUUGAGGGUGAAUAAAGGAUGACCGAAUUUUCACAGCACUAACUCAGAAAGACUUAAAGAAAAGAAACUAAAGUUUCUCACUGGAGAAUAAGAUCAAUCCGACAUGACUUGAAGGCAACAUUUCAAGUCAUUUCAUGCUCAUCUCUACCCAGUUUUAUCAUUAUGUAAUGCCAAAAUGUAUAGCCCUGUUGAAAAAAACAGCAUAUGCUGGUUAGGUAUGUUUUGAAGCUGGGAUGCUGGUUUGAGCUGGUUUAAGCUGGUCCUUUGCUGGUUUAAGCUGGUCCUUUGCUGGUUUACGCUGGUCCUUUGAUGGUAUAUGCUGGUCCUUAGCUGGUGCUAAGCUGGUCAUGUGCUGGUCUUAAGCUGGUCGGACCAGUUUAGGACCAGCUAAGGAUCAGCUUAAACCAGCAAAAGACCAUCAUAAACCAGCAAAGGACCAACAUCCCAGCUUCAAAACAUACCUAACCAGCAUAUGCUGGGUUUUUUUAACAGGGAAAAAAAACACUUACCCAUAGUAACACAAAAGAGUCAAAGACAAGCAUUCAUUUUAUACAGAGACAAUGCCAUCAAAAAGCCCAAAAAGAGAUUGCUGCCUUCUUUUUAUAACUACUCUCUGUGGAGGAUUUGCAGUGUCAAAAACAAAAAUGACCUUUUUCCUUUUAAUUUGUUUGUGUUGUAGAAACAAAAUAAAAAACUGUGAUAACUUUUUAUACUUUAGUUUGCAGUCCUCCAUUAGAUAAUGUUCAGACUGAACCGACUGAAAGGUUGAGGAGGAAGCUGAUUAAGUAUUUAAUGUUCUGCUUUUCUUGUAGCUCAGUGGUUCUCAACUGGUUUUACCUUUGAGUUUGCCCAACACAUCCCUGAAAUUAUCAUGCAAAAGUAAUAAAAAUGUUUUUAAAAUCAACACUGAAAUGCAUUCAAAUCACUAUGCACAUUAAAUGAUUCAUAGCAUUGUAUUAUUUUGAUUUACCAUUGACCCUAUCAGAUGAGACCUGUUGCCCAUUUUUAGGCCCCGUCCCGCCAGUUGAGAACUACUGAUGUAGAUCAGUCUGAGUGUAUGUUCAGGAGAUGAAGGGUUUGGAUGUUACGGCAUAGUCAGCACUGUGAAAUCUCUGUACCCUUCUCACGAAUGAUCCGAGAUUCAGAUGAAGCCAUUACAUUGGAUUCUAGCGUGUAUGCUUUGUACAGACUGAUAAAUAUGUUUGAUUUUAUAAUUCUCUUUUAUUUUGCCAAAGUCAUUGUUUUAAAUAUAUUUAUACAUCAGAAUGGAGUCAUAAGGCAGCUUUAUACAACCUAGUGUCACUGAUAUAAUGUUUACGACAUGCUUAGCAGAUCUCAUUGACUUUAGCUCUGAGGUUUUGAUGUUCACGAAGGGAUAUAUGUAGGAUUUCCAUAUGAAUAUUGUAUGUAUGCAUCGCUUGAAAUUGUACAUGCUUCAAACUGUCUUCAUGUUUGUGUGUUUUCACUCUUCAUUUGGCGAUGAUCUGUUUUUAUUUUGUCAUCUGCCAAGUUGUGUCCAUAAAUGUGAUUUUGGAAUUUUAUUUGUAUAGUAAUUUUUGUAUGUUGAAGAACAACUGUUUCUUUGUUUGUUUGGUUUUUGGCCGUUCGCACAGAGCGAUUGGAUUUUUUAUUUUAUUUUUUCUCUAUGAAAAUGUUAUAGCAUUUUGUUACAUUGUUUUGUUUCAGAUGGCUAGAUUUGUUAAAUAGUUUGUAUUUUAAUGUAAUGAAGUUUGAGAGUAUAUUCAUCAUGUAAACAAUAUAAUCUUUUAAUUUUGCUUCUCUGGAACUUGCAGAGAAAGGAUAGUUAUUGUUUUCAUGCUCAGCAAAUAUACAAUAAUAUCUCCCUGUUUUUGAAUAUUUUCUCUCCGUAAUUUGCUUUUUUUAAAGGGAAAAUAAUACACAUAUUGUUUCCUCUAUUUCCCUUGUCAAUACAUGCACAAUCCUCGUUUUUUUUUUUUUUUUUUUUUUUUUUUUUUUGGAAGUGUACCAACAAUCAGAUGUCUUAAUGCAGAUUUCUCGUUUUUUUUUUUGUUUUGUUUUUGUUUUUACAUUAUUUAUUUUUUUUUUUUAAAAAUACUUAUUUAGAUAGUUUGGUUAGAUAAAAAUAUAAAUGAACAAGUUAAACUAUGGAGUAACAGCACAAGAGUCUAUACAGUUAUUCGCUCGUUCAUUUCAUUCCAUGACACUCCUCUCCACUGUCAUGUCUUAACAUAUUUCAUCUUUUUUUUUUUUUUUUUUUUCUGUUCCAGUGCAUCACAUCACAAAACUUUCUGUGUUUCAUCUAAGUCGCAGUUUUUGUAGCUCAUUUCUAUCUGAAUCAUGGCUUUUCCCAUUAUUUAAAUGGGCAUCAAUUGCAAAGUUAUCAUUUGAUGGCUACUUGAUUUAUUGAUUAAUAUGUCACGUAUCCAAAUUGACAAGUCAUCUGCUACUAUUUUUCCUGUUGAUUACAUACUUGUUGUAGACUGGACUUUCAGUGGGCAGUUAUUACUGGUGAAAAUAUAAAAAGAAACUACUGUAAAGAUGAUCAUUUUUUAAAAUACCUUUGAACUGUAAAAUAACUUUUUGACUUUCACAAUAUUUAAUUAAAGUUUCCUCUUGUCUGUGA